AUGGGACUGUGUGUUUCUUCUCGCAUCACAAGACAAGGCGGAAUACAGGUGAAUUUGCCCACAGCAGCUCAGGUAAUUCACUGGAAUGGGAGGCUGCAAGAACUUUGGCAGCCCACAAUAGCAGCGGAAAUCCUAUCCCACAACCCCAAUUUCUUCCUUUCGAGCUCGGAAACCAUGCAUGUCAAUGCAGUCCCUGGCCCAGUGGCUAAAGAUGAGCAAUUGCAACCGGGCCAACUUUACUUCCUCCUGCCAAUUCCAAUGCUUCGACUACCUCUCUCUCUACAAGAUCUCUGUGUACUAGCCGUCAAGGCCAGCAAAGCGCUCAGCGAUCCGGACAUGGGGCGCGCUACAUUGCAAACAUCGGUAAUUUUACAGGAUGAAAACAGCGCAGCAAUCGGAUUUUUCGCCGCGACUAUGGAACAGGGUCCUGUCAGAAGUUGCCAACAGAGCUAUGAUGGUGCAGUUGGAAUGGUUUCUCGAGUCACAUUCUAUAGAAAUUGUAAGGAACAGAGGAGUUGCUUUUCAUGA